GGCACACAUGCGACACUCUCACGCCCCUGUCUGUGAGUGAGAUUGUGUGUGUGUGCUGGCAGGCUGUGUGUAAAGGCCUGCUCAGGAUGCCAGGUGCAGAUGGACAGCAGCCUGAAGGUCAGUCCUAACGAACCCAUGGGAUAAACCAGAUUCCCGGCUCCGACGGCAUCCGUCCCUCCACGUGUAACCUCAGGACCGGCCUGCAUCACUCUAGCAAACAGCUUGCAGGACGAGAGACCUAACGCGUCCAUCCUUCCUCACCGUUCUCUUCUGAAGGCACAGAGCAGUUGAGGACAACUUGAGGAUAGAUCUUCAGACUUAUGGCACUGACUUUCGAUGGCGAUCGCAGCGUUUAACAUCACGCUUCAGUUGCUUUAUGAUGGGACUUUGACAGUCCGUCUAUUGCUGGAGUUGCAGUUUGUUUUUUGGAGCUUGUGCAAACAGGAUGCAAAACGUGUUAUCUGUCAUCAACUAAUCUACGAACAUAGUAAGGUUGAGAACUCACAAGUAUAGAAAAUGUAUCAUUAGGUGAUAUAUUUUUUAUUCUAAUGGAUAUAUACUGCAAAUAUAGAGGUAAUAAUUCCUCAAAAAGAUAUGCAAAUGUAGGUACGAUACAUAUUUUGAGUCUAUGAAUGAGUCUGGGAGGAAGAAGACACUUAAAGGAAGAAGACUCAUUAGCUUGUCAGAGCAAGACAGGAUCAGACUAUUCUGUGAUCCAGAAAUAGGCCCUAAUCCCAUCUAUAGGCCCUUUGCAAGUGGCUGCCUGAGACCUUCAAUAAGGAAGACAGAUCUCAAUUAGCCUGACAGAUCCACAAUGCCUUGCUCUCCCUUUCGAAUCAGGAGGCUGAAGAAGUUCUGGAAACAGGAUGGAGGAGAGCCCUGCAUCUCUAACACACUAGAUCCUUCACUGUUCCAGCCAUCACUGCCCCACACCGGCCCUGCGUUCCUCAAGACUACUGAUUUAUUUGAAAUGAUUGAGAAAAUGCAGAGCAACAGAAUGGACGAGCAACGAUGCACUCUUCCUCCUCCUCUCAAAACUGAGGAAGACUACAUCCCUUACCCCAGCGUCCAUGAGGUUCUCGGCAGAAAGAGUCCAUUUCCCUUGAUUCUGCUGCCCCAGUUUGGGGGUUAUUGGAUUGAAGGGACCAAUCACGAGCUGAGCAAUGGGAUUGACCCGGAGCAGCUCCUGUCUCCCACCUCACGUUUCAAACUGGAGUGCAACACCACCGCUAAGAUCUACAGGAAACAUUUUCUGGGCAAAGAACACUUUAAUUAUUAUACAGUGGACAGUGCCCUGGGCCACCUGGUGUUCUCCAUGAAAUAUGAUGUUAUCGGGGACCAAGAGCAUCUCCGUCUCAUGCUCAGAACAAAAAUGAAAACAUAUCACGACGUGAUUCCAAUAUCUUGUCUGACCGAAUUCCCUAACAUUGUCCAGAUGGCCAAGCUCGUCUGUGAAGAGGUGAACGUGGACCGAUUUUUCCCGGUGCUUUACCCAAAGGCCUCCAGGCUCAUUGUCACUUUCGACGAACACGUCAUAAGCAACAACUUCAAGUUUGGAGUCAUUUAUCAGAAGUUUGGACAGACUUCAGAGGAGGAGUUGUUUGGGAAUAACGAGGAGAGUCCUGCUUUGGUGGAGUUUUUAGAGUUUCUGGGACAUAAAAUCGAGCUCCAUGACUUCAAAGGGUUUCGUGGAGGGUUGGACGUGACACAUGGACAGACAGGCUCUGAGUCUGUGUACCACAAUUUCCACAACAAGGAGAUCAUGUUCCAUGUGUCAACUAAGCUGCCUUUCACAGACGGUGAUACACAGCAGCUACAGAGGAAGAGGCAUAUAGGAAAUGACAUUGUGGCCAUCGUGUUUCAAGAGGAGAGCACUCCAUUUGUGCCAGACAUGAUUGCUUCCAACUUCCUUCAUGCCUAUGUAGUGGUGCAAGUGGAAAAUGCCUGUUCUGACAACGUCCUCUACAAGGUUUCGGUAACAGCGCGAGAUGACGUCCCCUUCUUCGGACCACCCCUCCCCAACCCAGCCAUUUUUAAGAAAGGUCCAGAGUUUCACGAAUUCUUGCUUACCAAGCUCAUCAAUGCUGAAUACGCUUGUUACAAAGCUGAAAAAUUUGCCAAAUUAGAGGAGCGCACCCGGUCUGCCCUGCUGGAGACGCUGUAUGAGGAGCUGCACAUCAACAGUCAGGCCAUGAUGGGGUUGGGAGGAGAGGAGGACAAACUGGAGAAUGGAGGAGGAGGGGGAGGGGGCUUCUUUGAGUCUUUCAAGCGGGUGAUCCGCAGCAGGAGCCAGUCUCUGGACACCAUGGGCCUCAAUAUCAGGAAGUACACAGUCUCCAAUAGUCACAGCGGCAGUUUCACCCACAACAACAUCAACCACCACUCACCAGAGAGCCCCAAAACCCCUGGGAUAUCAUUGCUUGUCCCAGGCAAAAGUCCCAGUAAAUAUGGACGGCGUGGCAGUGCCAUAGGAAUAGGAACCAUAGAAGAGUCUUUGAUCAUUCCUGGAAAAAGCCCAACUAGGAAAAAGUCAGGACCCUUCAACUCUCGGCGUAGCAGUGCUAUCGGCAUUGAGAACAUCCAGGAGGUCCAGGAGAAAAGAAUUGCUGCUCUGUUGUCAGAGGACAGGACAGUGCUCUGUCUCUCUCUACCCAGCGUCACUCUCAAGAAUGGGAGGCUCAUCGUGGAUCCCUCCAACAGUAGAGAGUGCUCCCCCAGCACACAGAAGACUCCCGACAGUGGCCACGCCUCUCAGGACCCCAAGUCCGAAAACUCCUCCAAUCAGAGCUCUCCUGAGGUCCUCAUCACCAAGAACAGUUCAAGCAUUUACUGCCGGGCUCCGUCCAUUCCUGAGGCUCAUGACCUAUCCCGCUCCUCCUCUAAUGCCAGCAGCUUUGCUAGUGUGGUAGAGGAGAAUGAAACAGAGGCCACAGAGGACUAUGACACCGGCAUGGAGAGUCUGUCGUCAGCAGAUACUCCUCAUAAACGAGACUCAUUCACAUACAGCACAUGGCUAGAGGACAACAUGAGCACUACCAGUACAACCAUUUCUGGCAGAACUCAACAACUGGAUGGUGGAAAGAACCAGGAGCAGAACCGUACAGACGUCCGUAUCAAACUUGAGCGACCGCAUGACCACAAAUCCACAUCAAACUGCUAGCCCCUCCUGUUUGACUCUUUCAUGGACAUCCAUCAACAGCAUUUCCAUUAGAAACACCUUAGAGAGACAAGGAGAGCUCGGGUUUAUGCCGUUGAAGAAGAGGACGACGACACCAGUCGGCUGCAGGAGUGACUACAUGUACGUGGCCCAGAUGCACGAUCAUGUGACCAUGCCUCCAUCAGGAAACUCACUACCCUCGCAGACUUGACUAGAAACAGGAUGGAGUUGGUUUAAGCUUGUCCUUAACCCCUUUGUGAGUACAUCAGUAAAUGAAAGAGAACCUCCUCUGUAGCAGUGUCUAAUGACAUGUCAUUGUGCGGAUGACUGGCUAAACUAGCAGCUUGUUUGCAGUCCUAACACUGUGCUAAAAUUAAAUUCUGUGAAGUUUGUCUCGUAAGGACAUUUCACCUGCUUGCACGAUGAAAGCUUUUUCAGCCCUGUCCCAAAUGAUGGGCUGUGCAACAGGGCCUGAAACCUAAAAUGACAAAUGGGAUGUGCUACGGUCUCGAGGACUUGACAAACGUGCAGCCAUCACACAUCUGCCAGUACAGUACACAUCAAAUGCACUAUUUGGGACAGGGCCAUUUCUCAUAUCCUAAUAUUGAUGUUGUUUCAUUCAGAUUUCAGGUGUAAAACCCCUUGAUCUGAUAUUUAUUGCUGCCCAUAAUAUCUGUGUAAUACAUCUUUUGACAUUAUUUAAGAGUAACUCCACUCAAAAAAAAUCCAUAAAGCUGCGUUGUGAAUGUCAGUUCAGUCAAAAUGCAUGGUACUUUGAGUAGGGAUGCACCGAUAUUAAAAUAUAUCUGAUAUGCUCCUAAUUAUUUUCAUGUUAUGACAGAUAUUAAAAUUCUAUACUUUUUUGUAAAAUAAACUUUUUAAAUGCUACUAUUGAAUUAAGGUAUCACAGCAUUGUAAUGUACAGUAUAAAAUGGGAUAUUCUUUUUGAAAUUUGUUAAAUGUAAGGUUUUAAAGAUGAAUUUUAAUUUUACAUCACAAAGGUAAUCUAAAUGUACAAAUAAAGAAAAAAGUAUAAACAGUUAUACAUCCAAUAUCAGCCAGUACUGAUAGCCAAAAAUUCAUAUGGUACUACUGAUUCUAUAUCAUGUGCAUCCCUAGCUCUUUAUAUAUAUAGAGAGAGUGAGAGAGAGAGAAAGAGAGAUUCAUUAUAGCAUUGUGAGAUUUUCUCAUAUGUCAGAAAUUGGAUAGUGUUGUUGCUCUUAAAUAAUUUAUCCAUCUACCAUUAUCACUUGUGCAUGGAGAAACUGGGAAUUUUAAUUGUGAGAGUGAGUUAAAGAAAAUAUCCACAUUUGAUUAGCUUCAAAACAUGACAUUUUGGUGAAGUGUGACAGACGCCGUCUGAAUAUGUUAGAUUAGACUGCAGAUGCCUUACCUUACCCUCAAACAGUUAAGAAAUUCAGCCAUGUCAGUGUUACAACAACAGUGAGAUAACAUACUAAUUCAGCUCAGUUACCUGACCAGCUAACCAAGCAGGACUAAGUCAUAGUUUAUGAUUCACCAGUUCGACAUGUUGAUUGUUUAUCUGUUUUUGCCACAUGAGCAGCUCAUGAUAAAUGCUGCAAUGUCUUGAGUUUCGUCUUUAGUGCGGUGUUCCUCAUGGUGACUCUUCUCUCUUUUUUUUUUUUUUUUUUUUCGAACUGUAUAAAAAUCCCUAGUGGAGAUCCUUUUAUUAUGUUGACUCAAUUCAAACCGCUUUGCGUUUGAACAUACGGCUGGUUUGAUGUUUGAGCUGUGUGCCAAGGUGACAGUCCUCUUUUAAACAGUCUAAACAGAUUUGUGAGUUAAACAAAUGUGCUGUUGCUAAUCUAUAAACCAAUCAUUAAUGCCAAAAAUCAGUCAAUGUGAUGUUUGCUCUUUCUGUUAAAGGCAAAAAGCAUUGAAUGGAGCUUAAAUAUGGCUGAGUGGUUUGGGGUUGCCUUACUCUAAGUGUCAAAAUAUAUGAAGGGGAAAGCUUAGCAAAAUUUUUUUGUAAUCUAUUUAUGAUAAAUGAUUGGCCUUACCGGCUUCCAUUAAACUGCCUUUAUACCGCCCCUCGUCCUAGAACAUUAAGAUGUUAUGUAGUCCUCAUUACUGAUCCAUGUUUGUUUUAUACAUUUCCCAUAAUUGAUCCGUCCUGAUGGCAUACUUAGAUAUUGGCUUUGUCUGAAACCUGAAAAAUGCUUUGCAGGCAAUAUAUUGAAGUAAGAAAGGCAAAAAAGCACAUCCAUAUCCAAUAUUUGUGCAAUAUUCUGUCUAAGAUGUGUCCUGUUUUGCCUACUAUGUGUGUGUGUGUGUGUGUGUGUGUGUGUCACUUGAAUUUCUUAUAGAUCAUUAAAUUACAUUAAAGGGAUAGUUCAAAAUAUCUUUUGUGUUCAAUAGAAGAAACAAAUUAAUACAGGUUUGAAACAAAUUGAGGCUAAGUAAAUGAUGACAGAAUUUUCAUUUUAGGGUGAACUAUCCCUUUAAGGUGCCUUGAAAGCGUGUCUGAAAGCAGAUUCAUUAUGCUUGUGAAGUCUUUGACUGACUAGGCAGCUGCCUGAGGUUUCAGGCACAGCCAAUACUGUACUAAAAAGGCUAGACAUCAUCACAUAAACUACAAAGAAUUGCUAACACCAUAACUAUAACCCUAGAGGUACUGGGAACAGCUGUGUAUCAAAACAAAAAAUCCUCAAAUAUGUUUGAAAUAUGUUUUUAGUCUGCUUUUGUUUGCUCUGCGCAGGGCUUCUGUGCCCCCUUGUGGUGAGACAUGAUUCUAGCACCAUUUAUUUGCAGUGUCCAUGUACAUGACUGUAAUUUGCUGUACCUGUGCAGAAGUCAAAUUUGUCUUGGGAAAAAGAUGCAGCACAAAAUCCAUGCUGAUGACAGGGUAUACAUUUUUAGACAUUGUUAUGCUAUCCUUUUAGCUGCUGCUUCUGUGACCUUUUCCUGUGCAAUCAUCAUCAUUGUAAAUACUGCUCUUUUUUUCUUUUGUACAUACUGCCCAGAAAAUCUGAAACAAAUAAACUUGAGUGUGAUAUUUCA